AUGGACCAACAAGAAGGACAGCAAGCCGAGUAUUGGACAUUUCCGACCGACCUCGAAGAGUUCGACAAGGACGAGCGCAUCUCCUUCUCCAAGCUCGACAACAAGUACAUUGCCGUUCAAGACGAUGGCACCGAAUACGAGUUUGAUGAGGGCCUCAAACGCUGGCUCCCCAUCAUCGACGAGGCCCUGAUUGAGGAACACCAGAGGGCGUACAUUACAUCACUCGGAGACGACGACACAGAGACAGGCCAGUCAGGCAAAGGACAAGGCAAAAAGAGAAAGAACAACGACCGAGAGGACUCCGCUAGCAGUAACAACAACAUGAACAACCAACGUCCACCCAAGAACCAGAAGCGCGAAAAGGCGCCGCGGGAGCCCAAGCAAAACACGGCCGUCUACGUGACCGGACUUCCGCUCGACGCGACGGCUGACGAGGUCGCCGAGCUCUUCUCGCGCAAGUGCGGCGUCAUUGCCGAGGAGAUCGACAGCGGCCGCCCGCGCAUUAAGAUGUACACGGACGCCUACGGGAAAUUCAAGGGCGACGCCCUGAUCGUCUUCUUCAAGCCGCAGUCAGUCGACAUGGCCAUCAUGCUGCUGGACGACACCGACUUCCGCUUUGAGCCUGCUCCGGAUGGCAGCAGGAUGCGCGUCCAGGCGGCGGACAUGAGCUACAAAAAGACCAACUACGCCGCAGACAAGGCAGGCGGUGGUGGCGCAGAGGACAACAAGGCUGGUGGAAACGGCGAAGACUCGUCCUCUGCGAUCCCCUACAACAACAUCACCAACCCCACUCCCGCUCCCAACAGCAACAACGGCGGCGGCAGUGGCGGUACCGGUGACAACCGGCGCAGCGCGCAGGAUAAAGCCAAGAUCAUCAAAAAGACCCAAAAGCUCUCCGCCAAGCUCGCCGACUGGGACGACGACGAGCCCUCCCCCUCCGCCCGCCUGCUGGGGCCCGCAAUCAAGGAGGCCAAGGGCGGAAAAUGGGACAAGGUGGUGAUCCUGCGGCACAUGUUCACCCUCGAGGAACUCAACGAGGAUCCGGCCGCGCUGCUGGAGAUCAAGGACGACAUCCGGGAGGAGUGCGCCAAGCUCGGGCCCGUAACCAACGUGGUGCUGUUCGAUCAGGAGGAGGAAGGGAUCGUGAGCGUCAAGUUCGCGACGGUGGAGGCGGCCGAGGCGUGCGUGCAUCUGAUGCACGGCCGGGCGUUUGACGGGAGGAUUGUCGAGGCUUUCUUUGCCACCGGCAAGGAGAGGUUCAAGAAGAGCAAGAAUAAGGAUGCCGGUGAAGCCGAGGAGGAGGAGGGUGAUGAGUGA